AUGGCCCGAGAAGGUGAUAGUGUUGGGAUUAGCCCACUCCUCUCACUCCCUUUCUCAUCCGCGCAUCCCCACCGCACUCAUGCGCAGCCCACUGCUCUCACUCCCCUUCUCAUCCGCGCAUCCCCACCGCACUCAUGCGCAGCCCACUACUCGCACUCCCCUUCUCAUCCCGCAUCCCCACCGCACUCAUGCGCAGCCCACUCCUCUCACUCCCUUUCUCAUCCGCGCAUCCCCACCGCACUCAUGCGCAGCCCACUCCUCUCACCCCCCUUCUCAUCCGCGCAUCCCCACCGCACUCAUGCGCAGCCCACUCCUCUCACUCCCUUUCUCAUCCGCGCAUCCCCACCGCACUCAUGCGCAGCCCACUCCUCUCACUCCCCUUCUCAUCCGCGCAUCCCCACCGCACUCAUGCGCAGCCCACUCCUCACACUCCCCUUCUCAUCCGCGCAUCCCCACCACACUCAUGUGCAUCCCACUCCUCUCACUCCCCUUCUCAUCCCGCAUCCCCACCGCACUCAUGCGCAGCCCACUCCUCUCACUCCCUUUCUCAUCCGCGCAUCCCCCCCGCACUCAUGCGCAGCCCACUCCUCUCACCCCCCUUCUCAUCCGCGCAUUCCCACCGCACUCAUGCGCAGCCCACUCCUCUCACUCCCCUUCUCAUCCGCGCAUCCCCACCGCACUCAUGCGCAGCCCACUCCUCUCACUCCCUUUCUCAUCCGUGCAUCCCCACCGCACUCAUGCGCAGCCCACUCCUCUCACCCCCCUUCUCAUCCGCGCAUCCCCACCGCACUCAUGCGCACCCCACUCCUCUCACUCCCCUUCUCAUCCGCGCAUCCCCACCGCACUCAUGCGCAGCCCACUACUCGCACUCCCCUUCUCAUCCCGCAUCCCCACCGCACUCAUGCGCAGCCCACUCCUCUCACUCCCUUUCUCAUCCGCGCAUCCCCACCGCACUCAUGCGCAGCCCACUCCUCUCACCCCCCUUCUCAUCCGCGCAUCCCCACCGCACUCAUGCGCAGCCCACUCCUCUCACUCCCUUUCUCAUCCGCGCAUCCCCACCGCACUCAUGCGCAGCCCACUCCUCUCACUCCCCUUCUCAUCCGCGCAUCCCCACCGCACUCAUGCGCAGCCCACUCCUCACACUCCCCUUCUCAUCCGCGCAUCCCCACCACACUCAUGUGCAUCCCACUCCUCUCACUCCCCUUCUCAUCCCGCAUCCCCACCGCACUCAUGCGCAGCCCACUCCUCUCACUCCCUUUCUCAUCCGCGCAUCCCCCCCGCACUCAUGCGCAGCCCACUCCUCUCACCCCCCUUCUCAUCCGCGCAUUCCCACCGCACUCAUGCGCAGCCCACUCCUCUCACUCCCCUUCUCAUCCGCGCAUCCCCACCGCACUCAUGCGCAGCCCACUCCUCUCACUCCCUUUCUCAUCCGUGCAUCCCCACCGCACUCAUGCGCAGCCCACUCCUCUCACCCCCCUUCUCAUCCGCGCAUCCCCACCGCACUCAUGCGCACCCCACUCCUCUCACUCCCCUUCUCAUCCGCGCAUCCCCACCGCACUCAUGCGCAGCCCACUCCUCUCACUCCCCUUCUCAUCCCGCAUCCCCACCGCACUCAUGCGCUGCCCACUCCUCUCACUCCCCUUCUCAUCCCGCAUCCCCACCGCACUCAUGCGCUGCCCACUCCUCUCACCCCCCUUCUCAUCCGCGCAUCCCCCCCGCACUCAUGCGCAGCCCACUCCUCUCACCCCCCUUCUCAUCCGCGCAUCCCCACCGCACUCAUGCGCAGCCCACUCCUCUCACCCCCCUUCUCAUCCGCGCAUCCCCAUCGCACUCAUGCUCAGCCCACUCAUCUCACUCCCCUUCUCAUCGGCGCAUCCCCAUUGCACUCAUGCGCAUCCUACCCUUCCCACCCCCGUACGCAUCCGCGCAUCCAACGCGCAUACCUCGAUGGCGUUUAACGGAAUCUCUGCUGCCCACGAUUUUGCUUCAGUCUCCGUGAUCCAUGCGUAG